CUGAAUUCCCUCUGUUUCACAUCCAGACUCCUCCGGCUGCAUCCCGGCCGCGCUCCCGGCCCGGCAUUCCAGCAGGAUGAGAGCGGCGGAGGUCCUGGUGCUGUGUCUGCCAGCGCUCCUGGUGCAGGGACAGUUCAGCAGGUUCGAGGGCAUCACCUAUCCCGAGCCAGCCCAGUACUCCCAGUACGACCAGCAGGCAGAAAUUCAGGAUUACUACGACUACCACGAUGUCACCCCCCGAGCCCCAGAGGAGCAGUUCCGGUACCAAUCCCAGCAGCAAUCCCAGCAGGAAACCGUGCCGACGGAGCCCACGGAGCCGGGGCCGCUCGACUGCCGGGAGGAGCAGUACCCCUGCACCCGGCUCUACUCCGUGCACAAGCCCUGCAAGCAGUGCCUGAACGAGAUCUGCUUCUACAGCCUCCGCCGGGUGUACGUCAUCAACAAGGAGAUCUGCGUCCGCACCGUGUGCGCCCACGAGGAGCUGCUGCGAGCCGACCUGUGCCGGGACAAGUUCUCCAAGUGCGGGGUGAUGGCCACGAGUGGGCUGUGCCAGACCGUGGGCGCGUCCUGCGCCCGCAGCUGCGGCGGCUGCUGA